ACAAACUCCAAUUUCCACCUCUCGUUCUUUUUCCUACCCACAAAUCGAUCGCCCCCACUCUGCCUCUCGCCCUCCUCCUUCCCCCUCCUUACCUCGCCCACUAUGGACCUCACCAUUAACGACCAACUUUUGCUGCAACAACAACACAACUUUCACUCUGGAAACCACCGUUGUUGACAUGUCGCCGCCGCCGCCGCCGUCGCCACUGGCCAACAUCCACGAAAAUCUCCUCUCCGUUCCCCACAAACUCCCCACCUUACCGGAUCUCUUCCUCACAGCUCUCUCUGUUUGCUUCCUCUUCACGUCCUCCACUAAGUCCACUAAGUCCACCGUCUCCCCCAGAUGCCCUUUCCUCUCUUUCCCCCUGAACCCUCGUCGUUUUCUUAAAAUCCCCGCCAUGUCCCACUCCGCAUCGAACCAUAAGAUUAAUCUGCUCCCUCGUCGCCACAACUUCGCGUCUCCGCAGUCUCUCUCCGAGUGGCUCAAGACCCGUUUGCCGUCUGACUCCUUCGCCUCCUGGGGUGUGAAGCCGGGCACCAAGAACGUUCACAACCUCUGGCUCGAACUCUCUGAAGGCGAAACCUCUCUUGCUGAUUCCACUCCUCCGGUUCGCACGGUUCAGGUUGUCACGGUUCGAGUCCUCGGCAAAGAUGGGAAAAUUUUGGUUGAGUCACACCAGGAGUUAUCGGACGGUAAUGUCAGAAAACGGGGCCGACCCUUAUCGGAGAAGAUGAAACCCAGUGAGGACCCGGAAUCGGCUGCUAUGAGGGCAAUCAAAGAAGAGCUUGGCUCUGUGGUUUUUGGGUCUGAGGCCGAUGUGGACGUCUGUGAAAUUGUGACGAUUGAUCCGAAUUCAUAUGGGAUGAAGGUGGAGGAGCGGAAUUCGGAUUCGUAUCCCGGUUUGCCUGGUUGCUACGUUUUGCAUACCUUGAAUGCAACUGUUGAGGGGUUGCCGGAGGGAGAUUUUUGUACGUUUGAGGUUGACGAGUAUGGAAAUCUUGACGAAAAAAGUGUUGCUGACAAGGCGGUCUCUGUGAAGAAGCAUUACUGGACGUGGGUUAGUGCUGAUUCAAUGGAAUCUUGAUUUGAAGUUGAGUUGAAGCUAACAUUCGAACUUCAAGUUUUUUAUACGGUAUUAUACGAAUAAUUUUCAUCUUGUAAAGUGAUGUGAGGUUUUGGUAAAUAAGUUCAUACCAUAAUUAUCGUUCUCCAUUAUAGUUUUAGAUGGAGUUAUCAUUCUCCAUUAUAGUUUUAGAUGGAGAUAAACUACAAUUACUACAUGAUAUCUUUGUGGCCAGCUCAGUUUUCAAGACGUAUAGGAUUUUUGCUUGUUUCUGUGUAAUUAUGCGGCUUUAGCAGCGUUGGUUGUAAAACCGGAUAAUUGGACAAUGGUUUUCGCGA